CAUUAUGUCUGUGAUUGAUGUAGUACUCAUUUUCCUACAAUCAUCUUUGUCUGUCAAUGCCGCUCAUUUUCAUCAUUAAACUGAAGUCAUAUCCAGCGAAGUUGCUCCAGUCCAGCAGGGGGCGGAAGUGCGUCAUAUGUUGCUGCGUCUCUCGCGCAGAGCGCACGAGGGAAGUAGAGUUUUCUUUCUGCUGCUGCGUGAGUAACGUAUUUCAGAUGUUGAGCAUGAAAGCGCAGGUGGAUGUGGUCUGCUGUAAAUCAGUAGGAACUGAUCUGUCCAUGCUGGAUAUUGAGGAUUUCAUCACAGAAAUCUGUCAGCUGAAGAAAGAGGUGGCUUCACUGGAGACAAAGCUGAGAGAAAGAGGAGACAAACUGAACAGAGAGGAUGUGGAGCAGGUUUCAGUGCGUGUGACUGAUGGGACAGAAGCUCAGGAUUCAGUCUGGAGCGUCAGAGAUCAGAGAUCCAGAGACACACAGGACUCAGAGCUCAGCCUCACUUUACUCUGUUAUACUGACGCUCAGGAUCAUGAAUCCUCUGAUCAAACCUCUGACUGUAACGCUGGAGAACAGCAGAUGCUGCAGACGCCGCUGAAGAUGUGCUCCGUCAAACUGGUGGACUGCAGGAACCUGAUCGAGAGCAGAGGAGAAGAAACCACCGCAGAGAAAGAACAACAACACACUGAUGAGGAAGAGCAGGAGGAUGAGAAUGAUGAUGAUGAAGAUGAAGAUUUCAUUCCUCCAGAUGUCAAUGGUGGCUCAUCAUCUGAUGGAGAUGAAGAAACAACUCAACUUGAUGAAGAAAAAGUCUCAACUUCAAAAGAGCAGCUGAAGAGUUUCUCCUGCAGCACCUGUGGAAAAACACUGAUUUCAGAGGGUCAUUUAGUGAGACACGAGAGAACACACACAGAACAGAAAGACUUCAGCUGUAAGAUAUGCAACAUCAGCUUUCCUACCGCAGAAGAGUGGAGACUUCAUUCAAAAGACCAUAGCAGGAAGAAGGCGUUUCACUGUGAACAGUGCGGGAAGGAUUUUUUCACCACUGCUCAGAAUAUGAAAGCUCAUAUAAAAACACACAGUGAAAAGUCUUUCCACUGCAGUGAAUGUGACAAGUAUUUCAGCACCAAAGGAACUCUUGAUGUUCAUAAGCGAAUCCACACGGGAGAAAGACCAUACAAGUGUCCCCACUGCGAGAAGAGCUUCAGUUAUGGAUCUCUUCUGAAGAGACAUGUGCGUUUGCACACCAAUGAGAGACCGUAUCAGUGCAGUGAAUGUGGGAAAACCUUCACAAACUCAAGCAUUCUAAAGUCACACCAAAGUGUACACUCAGGUGAGAAACUGUUUCAGUGCAAACACUGCGACAAACGAUUCCGUCAAAGAUCUCAUCUGAUUUGUCACGAGAGGAUUCACACCGGAGAGAAACCAUAUCUGUGCAACCACUGCGGGAAGAGCUUUUCUGAUCCAACUCAUUUCAGAGACCAUAAGCGAGUCCACACUGGAGAAAACCCAUAUCACUGCAGCAUCUGUGGGAAGAGUUUCAAGCAAAACACCAACUUAAUAAAGCAUCAGAGGAUUCAUAGCGGAGAAAGACCGUUCAAAUGCUCACAGUGUGACAAGACGUUUGCUCGAUCAGACAUACUUAAGAUCCAUCAGCGAGUUCAUACAGGAGAGAAACCUUACCAGUGCAGCGAAUGCGACAAGAAUUUCAGCUCCAAAUUGAAUCUUGUUGCUCACAAGCGAAUCCACACGGGAGAAAGACCAUACAAGUGUCCUCACUGCGAGAAGAGCUACAACCACAUAGCUCAUCUGAGGACGCAUGUGCGUUUGCACACCAAUGAGAGACCGUAUCAGUGCAGUGAAUGUGGGAAAGCCUUCACAAACUCAGGGUCUCUAAAGUCACACCAGAAAAUCCACUCUGAUGAGAAACCGUUUCAGUGCAAACACUGUGACAAACGAUUCCGUCAUAUUUCUAGUCUAAACAAUCAUGAGAGGACCCACACCGGAGAGAAACCAUAUCUGUGCUCCGACUGCGGGAAGAGCUUUUCUAAUCAAACUCAUUUUAAAGAACAUCAGCGAGUCCACACUGGAGAAAAACCAUGUCACUGCAACGUUUGUGGGAAGAGUUUCCGUAGGGGUGUUACUUUACAGAUGCACACAUUGAUUCAUACUGGAAAAAGACCAUUUAAAUGCUCACAGUGUGACAAGACGUUUGCUCGAUCAGACGUCCUGAAGAUCCAUCAGCGAGUUCAUACAGGAGAGAAACCUUACUCCUGCUCCAUCUGCGGCGAGAGAUUCGCUUAUUUAGGUAGUUUUCAGACCCACCAGAACAAACACACUAAAGAACAAACUGCUCCAGAAUCAUCAGAGUGACUUUUCAUGUCUUGGUCUGUCAGUAAAGGAUUUAUUUCUGCAGUUGCUUUCAUCAUUCAUGCCAUGUGAUAUAUGACAGUAAUAACAUACACUUGAUUUCAAUUUAAAACAUUAACCAUAUAUUAUAGAUCAGGUGAAUUGUAUUUCUGAGCAGCGUUCGUAGUGUGGAUAUUUAGUCCAGGAUCACUGAAUGAUUUCACUGUUUGUACAGUAGGCUAUUACACACCAGAGUGUGAGGUGUGUUAUUUGAGCCUGUCAUUUUUCUCAUUUACUUUGAAAAUAUUCUCAUUUAUGGAGCAAUCAAAAACUGUUUCAAAAUAAAUCAGAAGCUGUUUGUCAGAAAUUUACUUGCGAUUCUCAUGAAAUCUAAGAACGUCCAAAUGAAACUAUUUUUUUUUUCAAUUGUGACAUUACUGUGAUAAAAUUUCCACCAUAUACUCUUAUAUGAGAAAAUCUGGUCAAUCUUCUAAAGGCAGAGGUUGAAAUCAACUUUUGAAAUUAUUUUGACACUUACAUUUUUACACCAGUAGGUGGCAAAAAGAGGCUGUUAAAAUGUAUUUCUUUAAAUCAUUCAUUAAAGAGUCAUUCAAAU